AUGGUAGAAUUUGAUGGUGGUCAAUCGUUGUCGUCUUCGGUGUCAAAAACUAUUGAAAAUCAAAAUCGUUUACCGCAAAUUGAUGAUAUUGUAAAAUCGUCCAAUCGUACCUAUCAUUUGAUUGCUGUUUUAGGUGAGGGUGGAUAUGGAAAGGUAUUUCAUGCGAUACAAAAUGGCAAAAGUUAUGCAUUGAAGGCAGAGAAGUAUAGAAGUUCGAUGCUUCAUAUUGAAAUUGCCGUAUUGAAGACAGCAUUGAAAAGAGGAGCUGAGCAUAUCUGUGAAUUGCAUGAUUAUGGUGCAGUGAAACCAGACUUCGUCUUUAUGGUAGUAACACUUUUGGGUAAGGACUUGUAUAAAUUACGUAACGAGCAACCCGACCGACAUUUUUCAAUCAGUUCUGCAGUUCGUGUUGGUAUACAUACUUGCAAGGCUAUCGAAGAAUUGCACAGUUGCGCAUUUCUUUCACGAGAUAUCAAACCUGGAAAUUAUGCGGUUGGAUUGGAAAUAAAUAAACAACACAAAAGAUUUUUCUUAUUCGAUUUUGGAUUGGCACGAAGAUAUCUUGAUAAAAAUGGAAAGCAUCAGAAAUCGAGAGGUGAAGUUGGUUGGCGCGGUACCACGCGAUAUGGCUCAUUGAAAGCGCAUCAAAAACAAGAUUUAGGAAGACGGGAUGAUCUGGAAUCUUGGUUUUACUGUUUGGUAGAAAUUACUUGCGGUAUGUUACCGUGGCGACAUGUUGCUGAUCGUAAUAUUGCAUAUCAAGGUAAAGUGAAAGCGCGAAAGGAAGGACGAAAAGAAUUCUUAGCAAACUGUCCGAAACAAUAUGACUUUAUUAUGGCACUUAUUGAUCGCUUGAGUUUUGCGGAUCAACCGAAUUACAAUGAUAUAUACAAGCUUCUGGAUCAGGUAAGGGAAGAACACAGUGUGCUGAUGGACGCGUUGUAUGAUUGGGAGGAAGAGGAGACGACAACCCCGCAACAAAUGGAAGGUGGGCAAGUAACAGAAUAG